CUUUCUAAUUCUCAUAAUUGCUAUUUCGCCCCUCCCCCUCCCCGAAGCAUAAACCCUCUAAAAACCCCCCAAUUGAUUUAGCUCUCUUCAAAUCUGAAAAUGAUAUCCAAUAGAAACUCGUUCAAAGCCCUGAUUCAGACGUACAUCAUCAGCAGCAGAUGGUACUACUCAAAGAGCAACCAGAAGAACAAAGUGUCGCUGUACUCGAUAAUCAGCCCAUUGAGAAACCCUAACGUGAAUGUAACUCCGGAGCUCGAAAAAUGGGUCGGAACGGGAAAUAAAGUCCGAUUCGCCGAACUUCAUCGCAUAAUUGUCGAUCUCAGGAAGCGUAAACGUUCUUCGCAAGCCCUACAGGUUUCGGAGUGGAUGAGAAGUAGUGGUAACUACACGUUCACGCCAGGUCAGCAUGCGGUGCACUUGGAUUUGAUAGGAAAAAUCCACGGAUUCAUGCAAGCAGAGGACUACUUCAAUAGCUUGAAUGAGGAAGAUAAAACCGAGAAGGCAUACGGUGCUCUUCUACAUUGUUACGUUAGACAGCGCGAAACCGAGAGAGCACAGACGCAUCUCAAGAACAUGAAAGAGAAGGGCAUUGCAUUGUCUUCUGUAGCUUUCAACGACAUUAUGUCACUCUACUCCAAUAUCAGUCAGAAUGACAAAAUCCCCCAGGUCUUUAAACAGAUGAGAGAAAACGGUAUCGCGCCCGAUAAUUUGAGUUAUCGAAUCUGCAUUAAUUCUUUUGGAGUGAGAAAUGACAUCGAGGGUUUGGAGAAGAUUCUGAACGAAAUGGAGAGGGAUGCCAACAUUGUAAUGGACUGGAACACAUAUGCAGUCGUGGCGAAUUUCUACGAUAAAGCUGGCAUGACAUCUAAGGCGAAUAUUGUUCUUAAAAAAGCCGAGGAGAAGCUGGAUAAAAAAGAUGGACUAGGGUAUAACCAUCUUAUAUCGCUCCACGCUCGACUAGGAAACAGAGACGAUGUUUUCAGGUUAUGGUCACUUGAAAAGAAUGUCUGUAAGAAGUGUCUAAACAGGGACUACAUAAAUAUAAUGGAGUCUCUUGUAAGGCUUGAUGAACUUGAGGAAGCGGCGAAAGUGCUCAAGGAGUGGGAGUCUUCUAAAAACUUGUACGAUUUUCGAGUUCCGAGCAUUGUUAUUGUUGGAUACAUAGAAAAGGGUUUAUGUAAAAAAGCCGAAGAAUUGCUCGAGCAUUUGAUGGAAAUGGGUAAGGCAUCGACACCGUAUAUAUGGGCGAAACUGGCAAUGGGGUAUAUAGAGAAGGGUGAGAUGGACAGUGCUUUGGAGUCGUUUAAAGUGGCACUCUCUUUAUGUCACGGGAGCAAAGAGAUUAAGCUUGAUGAUAAGGUGGUUAUCGAAGUUUUGAGGUUGGUCGGUGAGAGAGGCAGCUUUGAAGAUGCUGAGAAAGUUGUGAAUUUGUUGAGAUCUGCUGCACCGGUGAAAAGACAGAUGUACCAUGCUUUGCUCAAAGUCUUUGUCGAUGGCGGUAAAGAAGUGGAUGGGGUUUUAGGUAUUAUGAAAUCUGAUAAUUUCGAAGAAGAUGAAGAAACGAUGAAGAUUCUUUCUUCGGAGCAGGAAUUGAAAUUUGAUAAAUUAUGAAAUAAAUUAGAUGUUAUUUAGACUUGAAGUCAUUUUCACCUGAUUUGAGUACUAUACACAAAGCUGGCAAAUCGUUUGUCUCGUCGCUGUGAUAUACGUUUCACAUGUUCACGCCACAUUGCCCGUCAAAACUACACGAUUGAAAAAUUUAUCGCAACCAAAAAACAACUAUGGGAAGAAAAAAUUCUGCAAAAACAAUCACCAAGCAUUCAUAAGUUAAAGAGUUUACGGAAGAAGAGAAAAAAAAA